AGUCAGUACUCGUGCAGUGCAUAGCCUGUGUCAAUCAAUAUCUAUGUGCAUAACACACGAGAACAAUAAAAAUAAAAUUUAUUUCAUACUUGAAAGUGCUAACAAGUCACAAGAUAAGUGCAUAGAAAAGCCCUGAUAGAAUUUACAAAGUUGAAAGCAUCAUCUUGUUCUCGUGUCUUGAGAAAUCCUCAGUGACCAUGUCCUCCGACCACCCAGGGAUGGUCAGCCUUAAGUCCUUCCUACUAGGAACAGGACUGAUCUGGGUGGAGUUACUGCUGCCCACCAAGGCUGGCUCUUUCACGGACUCGAUCGUCUUUGGCUUCAUGGGCGUCGUCGCCAUCGCUGCAUACUCACUCACACGAAGACCAUGUGACAUUAGGCCAGCCAGAGUGACCCACUACCAGAUUCAAAGUCGGGCAUUCUUUUUGGGGUGGGGAUUGAGCUGCGGGUUUCGAUGUGUGACGUCAGGAUAUAGUGUCCCUUUCGGGUUUUACAUUUCUCUAUUGUCAUUGUUCCACUAUUCUGAAUUCUUAGUCACGUCAGUCAUCAGCCCAGAUACCUUGUCGUUGGACUCUUUCCUUCUCAAUCACAGCAAAGAAUAUGGGAUUGCAGCAUUAGCAAGUGUGGUCGAGUUUGUGGUGGAACUCUACUUUGUACCAAGUUUAAAAAAUUUAAGAUGGGUGACAUUUACUGGAAUCGGCAUGUGUCUGCUUGGCGAGGUUUUACGAAAGUGGGCUAUGCUCACGGCAUCAAGAAAUUUUACGCACCUCGUGCGAGACACGAAGGAAGAUGGCCAGUAUUUGGUGACAUCUGGACCGUAUUCUACAUUUCGACAUCCUGGCUAUGCAGGAUGGUUUUGGUGGUCAGUGGGCACCCAACUUGUGCAAGUCAAUCCAUUCUGCGCAAUUGCAUAUUGUCUUGCAGUUUACAAGUUUUUCAAAAGUCGGAUAUACUACGAAGAGAUAUGUUUAAUAUCUUUCUUUGGGCUGGAUUACAUUGAGUAUCAGAAGAAGGUUCCCAGUACUGGGGUGCCCUUUGUGAGAGGGUACAUUCCUGUAAGUAAGGCAUUGGAGCAGCCACUACUUCGAAAUGAAGAGGAGGAGGAGGAAGAGGAAGACUCAUCAUCAACUGAUGACAAUUUCCAAAAAGUCGAAUGUGACCAGUUAGAAGAUGAUUAAAAUUAACUUUAUUUUGUUUUCUGAGGACAAAUUUCUUGUCCAGCACAUAACAGCAUUAAGUCAUACGAAAGAAGACUGAAAUCAAAUGGUGGUCGUCAUUCAUUAUAUAAAACUGUAAAUCACACUGUUAUCUAUCUUCAUUCACAUAACUAAUAUUUCGUUACAUAGAAUGUCCAUCCAUUUUUUGUACAUUACGCAUAGACCACCGAUUAUGGUGCUAAUGGUAUUUUGUGCACACUACUUUUGGUAUACUUAAUUGUAAUUAUUACUCGUUAAACUUUAAUUUAGGAACCAAAUGUAUUUAACUAUUUUAAUUGAUUUUGUGUUCAUAUCAUAACACCGUUAUUUAGUCCUUAUUCAUAAUUUUUUCCUUUUAUUUGCUCUGCAGUUAUUUUUAUGACUAAAGACGUGCAACAGACAGAGUAUGUAUACUCUGUCUGAAUACUGAAGUCAAUUAUGUAAGUUUAGAAAUAGUGUUCAGUCCAUGACUUCAAGUCGAGUCAGGUCUAAUGGUGAAUGGAACCGUCAUGUCCAUUAGUCCCACCCGUCUGUUUCGUCAACACACUGGUGGACGAACCACUAAAUCGAUUUUGAUCAACUUGGUCUUAUCAUGACAAGAUUGAUCAAAAUCGGGUUUCUGGUUGAACUAUAGGGUUGAACUAUAUCUGGUUAACCUAUGAGGUGGUAUGCACUAAAAAAAGUGCAUAUCAAUCACUAGAUCAAAAAAUCAAGAAUAUUUAUGCGGACCCAACAAGUUAUAAAAUUUUUACAUUGGUUUUACAAGUCAGCCGUAAAAAUCUAAACUUAAGUAGUUUGCAUACUGAAUAUAUGGAAAAUUAGCUUUGUACAAUGAUAUCACUUUUGUAAAAUAUUGAUCAACCUAAUACGCAUGAGAACACGACAGUAUACAUACAUAGUCGGCACUAUAGUUUUCUUUUUGCUACUAUAUGUACGUAAGUACUAUAUUUAUAUAGCAAAUAUGCUACAAGUUAUGUAUACUUUUUUCAUUAUUUAUGAAGCGAAUUAUUUAUGUCGUUUUAUUAAAUUGACAACAAAAUUUUGAAUGCACAUGGCCAUAUGCACUCUUGAAAUAAAAUUAUAAAGUAUAAUUCUGCAA